CUCCCUCCUAGACUACCAGGCCUCGGGUGCUUCUCUGAGUCCCUUCUUCCCUGCUUAGCUUCCCAAGGUCCCCUGUGCGUGUCCCUAACUUUUGGCGCACGGCCGUGGAGCUGCGGGCUGUUUUCCAUGGUUCGGUGUUUCUCGCUACUCGGCGCAAUUCCCCAGGGCCACCCAGACUGCGCACGGCGUGGACUCGGCCCAGUGCAAAGUUUCCCUGACCCAGAGUCAGUGGACGCGUAGGUGCCAGCAGCCCCGGAGGUCGCCGAAGUCCGGGGUACCAUGGAGGAGCCCCCCGUGCGGGAGGAGGAGGACGGCGAGGAAGACGAGGGCGCCCUGGGCAAGAGCCCCCUGCAGCUGACCACCGACGAUGUGUACGACAUCUCCUAUGUGGUGGGCCGCGAGCUGAUGGCCCUGGGCAGCGACCCCCGCGUCACCCGGCUGCAGUUCAAGAUCGUACGUGUGAUGGAGAUGCUGGAGACGCUGGUAAACGAGGGCAGCCUGGCGGUCGAGGAGCUGAGGAUGGAGAGAGACAACCUCAAGCAAGAGGUGGAGGGGCUGCGGAAAGCCGGUGUGUCCGGAGCCCAGGUGAACUUGGGACCGGACAAGAUGGUAGUGGAUCUGACAGACCCCAACCGUCCCCGCUUCACUCUGCAAGAGCUGAGGGAGGUGCUGCAGGAGCGAAACAAGCUCAAGUCCCAGCUGCUGCUGGUGCAGGAGGAACUGCAGUGCUACAGGAGUGGUCUACUUCCACCCAGAGAAACUCCAGGAGGAAGAAGAGAGAAGGAUGCUGUGGUUGCCGUGGGCAACGGCGAGAAGGAGGAGAGGACCAUUAUAAAGAAGCUGUUCUCUUUCCGGUCAGGGAAGCAUACCUAGACUGAAAACCAUCACCAAGAUGGUGACCCUCUUGACUUGAGAAGACAAUUGCCAGUAUGCCUUCUGGAACCAUCUUCCUGUGCCAGGAAUGUGCCUUGGCCUGCUCCUGCGCUUCUAAGCCCUCAGAGCAGUCAGAGGAAGAUGCUCCCUCCCGUGGCUCGCCUGCUCUCUGGGGACAGACCUGGACAGUCAGUAAGCUUUGGCCAGGGCAAAUGAGGCCAAUACUGAGAACUGGAGAAAGCAAAGGAACAGAGUGUGUGGCUGCAUCCCGCCUCCUCCACACAUGGACAGAGGCCUCUGGCCUGCCGCUCGUUCCUGCCUCCGUGAUAAUCUGGUCCUUAGCACGUGGCCGGGAGCGAUGGAAAAGCAGGAACAUAUGGAAUCAUCGCCUUGACUGAUAUUUGAUGAAUACUUGAUCUCUCUCAUUCAACUUUUCUUUAUACGACGUUUGUAUUAAAGUGAAAAGACCUUUAUAGUGUCUAUUACUGUUUCUUAAAAUAAUAGUUAAGAUGGUGGAUAUGCCGGUG